AUGACAGAAAUAAAUAGUCUUUUAAAGCUUUUAAUUCGAAAGUACAACACUUUGGCGACGAGAUUAAAGAACUCACGUUUGCAAUCAACGCAAAAUGGCACCACCAACCGAAAGAUUGCUCGAAAUGAUUUGGGAGCAGAACGCCCGUUUGAUGGUUAUGAUGGAGCGGUUCAACAACCAAGCCGCCCCAGCCCGGCAAGCAAGCGCGGUCCGGAGUUUAUCAUCGAGUCCCUGGCGUCGAACAUAAAGGAGUUCUGUUACGAUCCCGACAACGGUUUGGUGUUCGAUAGAUGGUUCCAGAAAUACGAGGAUCUAUUCCUGAGAGACGGGGAAAAUUUGGACGACGAGGCAAAAGUUCGCUUGCUGCUGAGAAGUUUAAGCAUCCACGUGCACGACAAGUGCCGGUAUCAAUGCUUCCAAGUAACCAAGCAACCGGAAGAGGAUUACAUAACCUACGCCGGACUCGUGAACAAGCGCUGCGAAGACUUUGAGCUGAAUCGAAUCACUGCCGAUCAGUUCAAAUCUUUGAUUUUCAUCUGCGGAUCCCCGAAGGAAUCCGACAUCCGGACCAGGUUGCUGUCGAAAUUGGAAUCCGAAGGCGAAGGGGAAUAUAAACUGGAAACGUUAAUCACUGAGUGCCAGCGUUUACAUAACCUCAAAUCUGACACGGCUAUGCUGGAACGGAAGCAACCAACGACAGCUUCAAUCUGCGCUAUCAACAAGAAAAAGCCGUUGUAUCAGCCCGCUUCUACAUCAAAGGAACCGUCAAGCGUUCCCAGGAGUCCUUGCUGGCAGUGUGGGGGAAUGCACUUUGUGCGUGACUGUCAAUUUUCCAACCACACCUGCAAAGUCUGUAAUAAAACGGGCCACAAGGAAGGCUACUGCAACUGCUUUUCGGCGAAGCCAUCAGCCGAAAGCAGAAGAAAACCGAAAAGGAAACAGAAGCCCAAUGUCAACGGAAUUUUUGCUACCAACCGAGAAAGCUGGUGCUGA